AUGUGCGCACGCCGCUACCGGGAAAGCGCGGAGGGAAAACGCGAAGUCGCCAGUCUCGGCCCGCAAGUGCGACCGGCCGCGCGCCGAAGCACGCACCACGCAAGCGCCCUGGCGCUCGACGCCACGCGCCGCGCUCGCCGCGGCGUUACGUUUUCCGAAUCGACCGCAGACGGCAACACUGCCACCGUGACAGAAUUUCAGUGUCAAAAGGUGCGCGUUCGCGAGUUCUACAUCGCGAUGCAGCGUUGCCCCUACAUCCACGAGAUGAAGGAGCGGCUGCUUGGCGCGCCGGUAGACGCGGAGACCAAGGACCAGCGGGCCCCCAUCGAGCGACCGCUCGAGUCUCAAGACAACCAGGUCGGCACCAUCGUCAAACUGAAUUCCGACGGCUACGGGUCGCACACGUCGCCGGCGCGUGCGCCACUCGUCGCGGACGAGUGCGAUGCGCCGCCGGACGAGACCGAAGCCCUAACGCCCACUGAGGUGGUGCUGAGGUACAGGGCCUGCUGCCAACCUGAUUCUACGCCUAAAAAUGCCAAAACUUCACUGUUCAUCAUCUCGAGUUUCAUCUACGCCAAGCUCCUGGUUGUCGUGUGCAUAGCUUACGUCAUCAGCGAUGUUAUCACACACAACCUCCCUCUUUACUACUACGAGGGAUUCUUCACCUACCUGUAUGGCAUGAGCAUUCUGUUUUUGUUGUACGUCUUCUGCUUCUUGCUCCAAGAGAGUGCCUGCUGCAGUGGAAGCCCGCCAAAACCGAAGCCCCCGCCAAAAGAGAAGAAGCCCAAGAAAGAAAAGGAAAAGAAAACCAAAGAUAAGGAAGCGAAGGAAGGCAAAGAUGGAAAAGAAGGCAAAGAUAAGAAAGAUGGCAAGAAAGAUUCCAAGUCUAAAGACAAAGGAAAGGAUAAGGAAGAAAAGGAUAAGGCUACCAAAGAGGCUAAGAAACAAAGUCAAUUCCAGGAGGUGUAUCCCCGUAAGAUGCGUGAUAAAGUUCGUCAACAGCAAUUGCAAUUGCAAAUGGCGCAAUUGUAUGCGUCUGAUCAGCAGCAGCAACAGCAGGAUAUUGUGGAGCUGGAAGCUGGUCCAGUUGCGAGACCAGUCCGCAGGCGCAAGACUUCCCAAAACGACCACAGCCAUGGCAGUUUCUUCCUCAGGAUUGGUGCAAUUGCAUUUGGUCUCGGAACUAUGAUCUACAAUGGUUUGGAGUUCGGAACAUUCUUCGAAUUACCUCUGGAGUCACCUUGUUACUUGAUCUUGAAGGGAGUCAAUCCUGUCUUACAAAUGGUCUUCACUUUCAUGCAAAUGUACUUCAUUUUCAUGAAUUCGCGGCUAAACAUUCACCGAUUCAAAGUGAUUGCCCGAUUCGGUCUGAUGCAUGUAGUUGCCACAAACAUCUGUGUCUGGAUUCGUACUUUGGUACUUGAGUCAUUAAAGGAAAUUACUGAUUACCACGUCAAGAACCCUCAGGGUUACUCCGGCGAAGGCGUGUUGGGAAAAGUCAUCCGUAAGCACACUCUGAGGCAUUCCGGCAAAGUGUUCGGUGCAGCUUCCACCGCCGCUACCUCUAUCGCAUCCACCGUUAUAACCACCGCUAAGACCACUGGAGAGCAACUCAUGAACGUUGUCACCUCCACAGCUGUUCCUACCACUACUCCUACCACAAUAACCAACUCGUCUGAGAUCUUCGAGUCGUUCGACGGCCUGAACCCAGCUGCGCUGAUCGCCAAUAUUGAUAACACUACGGUGUGCGGCCGCAACCCAAUUAUGGGUACUAUCGUAACCGACUCGGCGCCCUAUCUGUAUCCGUUCAUCAUUGAGUACUCCCUCAUCGGGGCUGCCGUCAUUUACGUUAUGUGGAAGCACAUUGGCCGCUACCCCAGCGUGGCCAACGACGAAGAUCUGGAAAGACGUCUGGAGGCUGUUCUCUCCCGCAGGGCGGCGGCGCUCGCGGCGGCUCAGCGUGGAAACCGCGUCGAUUGUGCCGGAGCCUCCAAGGGACUCUUCUGUGGACUUCUGCUACUGGUCGCCUCUCUCAUCUGCUUGAUACUCUUCUUCGUCCUGAUCAGACACCACGAGUUGAAGCGCUUGUCGAUCUAUUUGGCCGAUGUGUCUCACUGUGCUUUGAUGGUCCUUUCCAUACUGGCGAUUCUGAUCGGAUUUAUACGUGGUCGUGUGAUGAAAUGGAGCAAUACUCCUCCCUCCUGUACCGAGCCUCUCCGCAGGGUGCAAUCCUUGAAGUUCCGCUCCGAGGAACAGUCUGAUCUGAACGACAUCCUGCUCCGUGUGUCUGCGUUUGGCCUCUUCGUGUAUGCCGUAUUCAGCGUCAUCGCUGGUGGAAUGGGAGCUUUCACUCACGAGCCAAACCUUCUCGUCAUGAUUACUGGCUGCUUGAGCGUACUUCAGGUGGUGCUGCAAUUGCUGUUCAUUGCCGAUGUUUCUCGCCGUCGCGUCCACCUGCCCGAACAAGAACGCAGCAAGCCCGCCCGUCAGGCUGUCACCUUCCUCCUGAUCUGCAAUGUCACCAUGUGGCUCAUCUAUACCUUUGAAGCACAAAAAGUUCUGGCUAACCCUGUUCAACUCGAUUUCUACGGCUUCGUAGCCUGGUCUCUCGUCCAGCGCUUCACUCUACCGCUUUGUAUUUUCCAUCGCUUCCACUCAGCUGUCACCCUGGCCGAAAUAUGGAAGACUAGCUACAAAGCGCGUCUGGAGUGAGCGUUUCGACCUCACUAAGGUGGAGACCUAAGUCCAAUCAACAACAUCCUAAUCAAAUAGGAUGAAUGCUACGGAUUUCGUCCUUGUCCGGGACAGCAAUUUUUAAGUAGGUAGAACGGAUAAAAUUACUGCUAGUUUCAAAAUCAUCUCGCUAUUUCAAAUGUUAGUAUAGGUGUGACGAAUUUAGGAUGGUAAACAUUGCAUUUUACAAUGUAGAAAUGUCUAAGUAAUUGCUCUCCCGGAAAGUAUUGUAAUUGACACGACAUAUUCACCUGGAUCUACCUACCCUAUGGAUCAUCGUUAUGUUGGUUAUUAUUUGCUACGGUUCUUUCAUACUUCGUUUAUCUUUCACAUUCCAUUCUAUUUUUACAGAUUCAAUAAAAAUUAGGUUUCUUGAAAGACUGACUGUGGAGACUUUAAAGCGACCAAGCAUACAUAUUUUCAGCUCAUUUUCUUUAAUAGAUACGUAAACAGAAUUGCUCAGAUUUCUGAAUUCUAUACUUGCAAAUUUUAAAAGUUUGAAUGAGAGCGUUUUAACAUGAUUCGAUCGAAACACGAUAAUAAAAUAAUUCCCAGUUGUGAAAAGUUCCCUCCUUUGUUAGAAAUAAUUUGUGUGCCAUGGUUUUAGGGUUAAGGCUUGAUUAAAAUUGACAAUAUUUUAAAUUUCUGGAAACAUUUCAACCUAAAUAAAAGUCUAUCUUCUCUGCGACUGGUUCUUCGUUGUUAUUAUUGAUUGUAGUAAUUAAUUGACUUGAAAAAAUGUUGUCGAUGAAUUUAACAUUUCAACACAAAAUGGGAGCCGUUUUGUGUGUUUAAAACCGUAUCUAAUAUAUAUAUUAAGAUAUAAAAUUAAUUAAAAUAAAAUUAAUUACUAUAUUAAAGUUUCAGAAGAUUUAUUAGCCAACAUAAAUUUGAGGUAAACAUGUAGGAUUACUAUAAAAGUUUAAUAUAAUGUGGUAUCAUAAGAGGGUAGUUGACGUGUCGAAAACUAUAUCUGAUUAAACGUACUUAACUUUAGAGAAAGAGUAGACCUGCCGCUUAAGCUGCAGAGCGCCGCUUCAUACGGAUCAUUUGGGUAUUUGAGUUUAGGAGACAUUUUUAUUGCAAAGGGGCCAUAAAAAUGUAAAAUUUUUAUCACUAUGUAACAAGCACAUUUUAUAGCGCUGACGUUAGCAUGUUUGAAGAUGUGGUAACACUAGAUCUAGAAUUAAGAAACAAUUACUGGCAACAUCACUAGUGAUGUUGUUAGACCGUAACUUCUACCUAUUAGUCAUUAUAAUCGAUUACAAUUUGCGAAGUUUUAACAUGGGACUAAGUUCACAGCGUCAAAAAUAUACUUAUACGCAACGUACGUUAAAAUUAUUCUCAGCAAAUAUUUUCAUAAUGAUUUUUGUGCAAUCUAUUUUUAUAGGCUGACUAAUUUACAUACCUUUCUAUUCGUGUAAUGCAAUGAUCAACCGUGAUUUACACGUGAUAUCAUUUCUAUGUUAUGGAUUUUGUAUAAAAUAGUUCAUACUCAAUUAUUUAUAUUUAUUAAUUUUGUAAAUUAACUUUUAAGGUAAAAUCGUAACUUAUUGCUCUAGAGUCUGAGAGUAACGUGUGCUUACAACGUGAGAUUUCGAGUGAAUGUAGUUAGUUUUCUAUUGAUUUAAAAUAUUUUAAUGUUUACAAUUAGUAAUUUAUUAUUGAUAAACAGUGGAUGUAAAAAAUAAGAAUUAAGAGCUCAAUCGUAUUGAUUUUUGAAAAGUUUAACGGCUUAACAAUGACAGGUCUCGGCUUGUUUGUUGUUAAUGCACCAACCAGCGUGUUUGGCUUGUUUUAUCACUGCCGAUAUUUUUAACAAUACAUAAUUGUUAGUAAGUCCUUUGAUAAAACUAUACUAUUUCUAACUUGUUCAAUUUUGUAGGUGAUAUUUAAUGUGUACCUUGAUGUUUGGAACAAAAUGUACCGAUGUUUGUAACUCUAGGUUUUAACAUUAUUAUCAUACCUAUGUGGAUACUCAAUCAGUGUUAUAUAGAUACCAAAAAUUUGGAAAUUCUACUUUAAAAUAUAUAAUUAAUAUAUGUAAAUGUCUAUUUGAAUAAAUUAAAUAAUACUUAUACGUGA